GAACUUCCUGAUACACUUCGUUUCGCUUUUCAUUUCUGCAAACUUUCCCGAUUUCGAGAAGAGCUCGGAUGCGUUGAUCAGCACCGUAUCGUUUAAAGUAUAAACACGAGCACGAAGAGUGUUUGGAGUAUUGUCGUCCUAUGCUCGUUUCAAGGUUAAGGUAUGGCUGCACUAGAUGCCUGUAGAAAUAUUAAAGAAGCCGAAGAUGCAGCUCAGAGGCUGAGCGACGCCAUCAACUUCAGAGACAAAGAUGAAGCGACCAAAUACCUGAAUCAGCUCCUGGAUCUGAAUCUCCCAGUGUGUGUCAAAAUAAAUCCUAAAGCGUACUCUGAAGACAGCAUCAGGUUGAGGGUCGGAGUGGCAGAUGCGGCAUCGGACGUCCACAUCCCAAUAACGGUGAUGGUACCGGUUUACAUGACCAUCUCAGAGCUCAAAGAAAAGAUCAGUCACGACUACGGCUUCCACCCGGUCCUGCAGCGCUGGGUCAUCGGGAAGCGUCUCGCCCAGGACAGAGACACCUUGUAUCAUUACGGGGUCAGAAACCACGACGAUUCGGCCUUCCUCUUCCUCCUCACUGCCAGGGCCGCCAAUCUGACCCGCGAACAAGAGAGGAAAGAGAAAGAGGACAGACGGAUCGAUGAGAUAAUAGAAGUGGUGGAGCGUCCACCUCAUCGCUCUCCAGAGCUGAUCGCCAGGGGAGCCAGUCACCACCCUCCUCCACCUCCCAAACCUAAGCCGGUCGGUUGGUCGUGUCUUGGCUGCACGUAUCUCAAUAAACCGACACGUCCGGGUUGUGAGAUGUGUGGCACAGCGAGGCCUGACAACUACACCGUGCCUGACUUGUACGAGCCGGACGAGGCAGAGAUCAGGAGACUCCAGCAGGAGGAACUCGCCAGCCUGCAGUACGAGCAGUCUGUAAAGGAUGAGCGGGAGAGGAACUUCCAACAACUCCUGGAAACGGACUCCCACAGUCUGGUGGGGAACGCGGAUGCGCUGGAUUGCGCCAUCUGCUUCAGCACCAUCGAGCCGGGAGAGGGCGCCGUGCUGAGAGAGUGCCUGCACAGCUUCUGCAGGGAGUGUCUGAAGGAAACGGUUCUGAACUGCGCGGAUGCCGAGGUGGCUUGUCCUUUCAGAGACGACGCUUAUUCCUGCAACUGCAAGCUUCAAGAUCGAGAAAUCCGAUCGCUUCUCUCUCAGGACGAGCACCAGAAGUUUCUGGAACUGCGUCUGAACAUCGCGGAGUCCCGCAGCGAGAACAGCUACCACUGCAAGACGCCCGACUGCGCCGGCUGGUGCAUCUUCGAAGACGACGUGAACGAAUUCGCGUGCGACAUCUGCAGCGAGACCAACUGCAUCCUCUGCAAGGCUAUUCACAAGGGAAUGAACUGCAAGGAGUACCAGGAUGAUCUUCGCGUUCGAGCGCAGAACGACGACGCGGCCCGACAGACCGCCCAGAUGCUGGACCAACUCCUGAAAAACGGCGAAGCGAUGAACUGUCCCAGAUGUCAGGUGAUCGUCCAGAAGAAGGACGGCUGUGACUGGAUCUGCUGUCUGAUGUGCAAGACGGAGAUCUGCUGGGUGACCAAACAGGCCCGAUGGGGUCCUCAGGGCGCUGGAGACACUUCAGGCGGUUGCAGAUGUCGGGUCAACGGAGUCCUCUGCGAUCCACGCUGCCAGAACUGCCACUGAACGAGCAAAAACACUCGUGCAACACGCAGUUUGCGAUUAUAGCUUUAAUAUUUACGUCUCGUCAUAUCACCGGCACAUUACUCCAGACGUCUGUAUUUAAUUGAUAUGUCCUAGGACUAAAUAUUUAGAACAUGUUUACAAAUGGAAACUAGCUGAGGUUUCAUGGGAUAGUAUGAACUGAUAGAGAAAGGACUUAAAUCACUACCAUUUUCCUGUAAUCUGAUGCUCUGGGACUUCGUGCAAUGAUACCGUAGGAGCAUUAUUGUAUUUAGAUCUUCAUUUCCUUAAAAAAAACAAAAAAAAAACAAUUGGUUUUGGAUCCAAAGAUUUCUUUGUUGUAAAUCACAGCGUAUACGAUAUGGAGCAAUGAAGGAAGAACCGAAGAAAACGACGUAAUUCUAGAUUAAUUUAAAUGCAGAAAAAUGAAUAUUCUAAUAUUUUCGUAUGUAUUUUUUUUAAGGCAAUUUCGGUGUGUUGUUUGCAAUAUUUUACGAUUCAAUAAAGCUGUCAUUCAAAAACGGA